AGUCUGUCCCCCGGGCUCCCAGUUCCUCCAGCGCCAACACUGCUCUGCAUUACCCAGCUUCAUUUGGCUUCUUCAGACUUAAAACAGUUUUGACACUUUGACAGGAAACUUUUAUCCAUUUUUUCUUAUGAACCACCCAUAUUCAUCAUUUUAUCCAUCCACUGACCCGGGUUUGGAUUUCUUCAAUACUUAUUUUUAAAACGCUUUUUUCCCCCUUGCAAACUGCAUGUGGAUCCUGAACUAUCCGAAACUUUUAUAUUGCAAUCAUUCCCGUUGAGAGAAAGCACCCAGCCGGCCGGCACUGUGACUGCUAAACUGAGCUCAAAAUAAAAGGGAAGCAUCGCCUGCAUCCUUUCUUUUGUCUUUGUUGCAUCUCUCCCCAUUUACUUAACUGCCUCUGGGAUGUAAGAAGCCACUGAAGUAUUUUUGUAUGUUUUUUUCUUUUUAUCCACAAAAGGAACUAACUUUUUCCCACCCCUCCAAGGAGAAAUUAUGGCGAGAUUUUUGUUAAACAUGCCUCUUCUUCUGGUUUUGUUCGGAUUAUUUUUGCUCUCAUCUCCAUCCGCCAGAGCCGAGCCGGAGGUGCAGGACGAAGAGGAGGAGGAGAGUUCCUGUCAGGGCGCUUUUGACCUGUAUUUUGUGCUUGAUAAGUCUGGCAGUGUGAAGAAUCAUUGGGAGGAGAUCUACUACUUUGUGGAGAAUUUGGCUGAGAAAUUUAAAAGUCCCAUGCUGAGGAUGUCUUUUAUAACAUUCUCCUCCAGAGCAUCCACCAUCAUGAAACUGACUGAGAACAGAGUGGACAUCAGAAAGGGGCUGAAUGCUCUAAAAAGAGAGAUUCCGGGUGGAGACACCUUCAUGCACCUUGGAUUGCAGAGGGCGAAUGAGCAGAUAUACCAGGAGAACUUUGGCACGGCCAGCGUGAUUAUUGCACUGACAGAUGGGGAGCUGCAGGAACAUCAGCUUAUCACUGCACAGCAAGAGGCAGAGAGAGCCAGGUCUCUUGGAGCUAUUGUGUACUGUGUCGGUGUGAAAGACUUCAAUGAGACACAGCUGGCCACCAUUGCAGACACCAUCGAGCAUGUGUUUCCUGUCCUGGGCGGCUUCCACGCCCUCCGGGGAGUCAUCGAUUCGAUCAUCAAGAAAUCCUGCAUUGAGAUUUUGGCAGCUGAGCCCUCCAGUGUGUGUGCAGGAGAGUCUUUCCAAGUGGUGGUGAGGGGGAACGGUUUUCUCCAUGCCAGGAACAUCGACCAGGUGCUCUGCAGCUUUAAGAUCAAUGAUACCAAUACAGUCAAUGAAAAGCCAGCCGGUGUAGAAAACACAUUUUUACUGUGUCCAGCUCCUGUCAUCGAUGAAGUUGGGAAGGUGAUUUAUCUUCAAGUGAGCAUGAAUGGUGGUCUGUCUUUCAUCAGCAGCAAUGUGCACAUCACCACCACAGAGUGUUUUGAUGGCACCAUCCUCCUGAUCACCCUGCUGGUGUUGUUCCUCCUGCUAGCCCUGCUCUUCAUGUGGUGGUUCUGGCCUCUCUGCUGCACUGUGGUGAUCAAAGAACCACCUCCUCCACCUCCUCCUGAGCCUGAGUCUGACGAUGAAGACGGUUUGCCCAAGAAGAAGUGGCCCACUGUGGAUGCCUCAUAUUACGGAGGAAGAGGAAUCGGAGGGAUCAAGAGGAUGGAGGUGCGCUGGGGAGGGAAGGGCUCGACCGAGGAGGGGGCAAAACUGGAGAAGCCGAAGAACGCUGUGGUGAAAAUGCCGGAGCAGGAGUACGAACCCUUCGAGCCCAAACCUAAGAAGUCUCACAACAAGAAGCCGCCUCAGAGCCGGAAGUGGUACACACCCAUUCGGGGUAAACUGGAUGCUAUCUGGGCUCUGUUUCGCCGCGGGUACGACCAGGUCUCUCUGAUGAGACCCCAGCCUGGGGAUCAUGGUCGAUGCAUCAACUUCACAAGAGUGAAAGAGGAGUCAGCAGCAGCCAAGGCCCCACCUCGCACCCCGAUCCAUACACCCUCUCCACCGCCACCGCCACCGGACUACCAGCCUGAGACCCGCACCCCAUCUCCCACCACCUCCAGUCCUCCUGCCAGAUCACCCCCAUCAGGUCAGCUACCCCCAGGACCACCACCAGCCCGUACACCCCCUGGGCUCCCCUGUCCACCGCCAUCACGUCCACCACCCAGCCUCCGACCAUGAAUUACACAGACAAACCCCUCCCAUCCCCCACGGACCCGCUUCGAUAUAUCACAGACUUACUCCUCUGUUGACCAGCUCUUUCAGUUUGAAGGUUGUGGUCCUCGCUGCCAAAGAUUCUCCUGCUAUAAGCCAAAGAUCAGCAGUAUUUUGAAUCCCUGGUUUGUGUCGUUCUCUGUUUCUAACUUCUUGUAUUGGAGAGACUGUCAAGUCAAACUUCAAGCUGAAAUCUGCACUUUGUAUAUUAGGAAAGGUAGGUCACUCAUAUGACAUGAUUUGAGGCUUUUUCAAGAACAAUUUUUGCUUUUUGUCACCUUUGAGUGGUUUGUACAUACAGUAUAAUCCACUGACCGGUACAUGUUGCCACUUCACAUGGUAAAUUCUGGAGGACAAAAGUGUAAGGAUAGCAGAGAAACUUCUCAUGAAAAAUGUAUUUUUGCUAACCUCAGUGCUCUCUGCUUCAUGACUUUGACAAGCUGUUUGACUUGACAAUCUGUCUCAUACAGAGUGAAUGGGGUAAUUAGGGGAAAUAUUUUACUUAGUGUUGGCAUUUGUGAGAUCGGGGAGGAUUGUUGCUGGACAGCAAAGCAUGUAGGGACAAAAGUCCACAGAAGAAUACUGCAAUGGAUGAAAUUUCUUUGUUGUCUUUAUCAACUACUGAGUUAUGCCAUUGUGAUCAAGAAUUAAGGUGAAAAGUAGGUAGUACAUGAAAAUCUGAGAUGAAAAAGUUUUGGAAAAUGGAUUGGGUUGAGUAACUAAGAUGAAACACGUCUGAUUUUGCUGAAAUUUUGCAUUUUGGAAAUUGCAUUUUGGAGCUUGUUACUUAUGUUCUCAACUUUUUGUACCUUUUUGUGAUGUUUCUUGUAUCCAACAACAUGCAAAGCCAACAAAUUCCAACCCUUUGAUACAGAAAUUAGCAAAAUUAUGAAGUUACACGAUUUGUGGUCCAGUUUUUGUACCAUUCAGUGACAGGGAAGUGUACAGAUGUUUUAUGGAAGUUAUGUUUUUACAAUAUAUGUUCAAGAUGCGUUUUUGAAUGCUACGUUGGUUGAUAUAUUUGAGGCUUUGGAUUUGUCCUUAACCACCUUUUCAUGUAGUUGAAUUUAGAAUACAGCCAUAUAUAUUUUUUGUUUUUUUGUUUUUUUGGUAUCUGCGCACAUAGACUGCUGGGCAACUACAGUAUGUAUUUGUUUUUGUUAGCAUAUGGACAUUGAAACUCAUCAAAUCAAGCAGCCAUAAAUCAGGUUCUCAACGUCUCUCCUCACGUUUUAUUCACAAUCCUGAUACUGUACUUUGAUACCAUUAUGUGUGUUUUAUGUCUUCAGUUUUAUCACCGGUCACAUUGCAACUGCAGGGCAGUUCAAAGAGCAUCUAAUUUAUUUUACUCCCCGAGAGAAACAGAGGAGAGUACUUGAAUAUCGACAAGGUGUCCAACCACCAAGACGGACACUGUGCGCAGAAUUUAGAAACACAACGGCUAGCCAGCUAAAAGUCAAAUAAGGCCUACCAGCUUUUUCCAUCCCCUCAGCUACACUUAAAAAAACCUUUGUUGACACUGAAAGUGAUCUAGUUACAUUUUAUGUUGUGUAAAUUGAAAAAAACACUAGAAAUUGUGUGAAUCUCAUUGUGCGUUAUGCACUCUGAAGCUCCUCACUAGCAGGAAAAGAGACGCAGCUAGCGACAACAACAACUGCUAACAAUGACAAUGUUAGCAGUGACCACAUGCUAAUUUAGAGAAAAUAAAAACAAAAAAUGAACAAGAGAGAAAAGACAAAUGAGAUUUUGACUUCAUGGUGUAGAAAAGGGGUUGAAAAAUGCUGGUAUUUCUUCUAUAUCCAGCGCCUUCUGGAUUUUUCUUUGUGUUUGUUUUUUUACCUUUCAUUUUAAUGUACGUCAUUCAGUUAUGUCCUGUACCGUUGUGUUACAACAUGCAUUCAUAAUCGGUCACAGUGCCUUAAAGCUGUUUCACUGCUGAGCUAGCUAAAGGAAAGUACAACCAUCACACAAAGUUUCAUUUCACUCAAAAUGCCUUUUAAUGUCACCUAUAUCCUAGCUGAAACAACUUAUAAUGACAAGGAGCUACAUGUAGCAAUCAUUAAAUAAUUAUGAUGCAUUGGUAUAAUUACCAUGAACAAAAUUAGACACUUGGGCAAGACAGUGUUCAGUCUUCAUAGUGUUCAUAGUAAUUAUACUAAUGUGAUAGAUCUCAUGUAUUUGGCAUCACUUCAUGAAGUUAAAACAUGUCGCAACUCUUACACAGCAUUUUAUAAUCUUGAUAUUCAUAUCUGAUUGUCAGUCGGUACAGGUAAGUUUGAUUGUGUCUUAGAAAAGUCAGACAGAUUUCCAAACCAAGAAACACAGUUUUAUUGUGUUGCAUUGAAAUUUGUUGCAAUAUCAAACUGCAUCUAAGUUGCUGAGGAAUCUAAGCUUUCUAGGAAGCAAAACAAAAGCAGAUGUCAUCACCUCAGUUGAGAUUUAUUGGUGACACCAUGGAAGUGAGAAAGGAGAAACAGAUGUAUUUCAUUUGUGAAAUACACAUCAACACUUACUCAAUUUAGAGCUUGGCUAGAGAUGCAAAACAAUGUUAUCCUGGCCUCAUCAGUGGAUAUAUCUUUGUUUGAACUGUCUGCUCUGAUCAGAACAAAUAGAUGGUGUCUGGUGUAGAUGUUCCACUUAUGCAGUGUUUCCGCUACAUGGUACUGGCUCGGCUCGACUCUACUCGCUUUUGGUACUACUCUGGAUUUCGUUUACCACUGCAGAUAGUACCUCCUUAAUGUAGCUGGUCAUCAUAGUGAUGCCACAUGAAACUGCUGUGAUGUCGUCAUCAUCGCGACACACAAAGGAACAAUGGAGGAUAUUGAAGCGAUGGUGUUCUUUAUUCUCGGUAUAUGGCUGUUUGUCACAGCAAGGAGAGAUGCUUUGUUUCAGAAGAGGCUGAAGGCAGCAAGACAAAAAACUGCUGAAAAAAACAGAAGAGUUUUGUGUUUCAGGUAGUCCAGUGAAUAAAAAUUGCAGCCGCUAUUGUAGCUUGGCUAUUUAAAAAUGGCGGGUUUGUGCAGGAUGUCCCGUGUCACACAAGUGAUGAUUCUAGUGACAAUUCUCUCUGACCAAUCAGUGGUUUGCAGUGUUUUCACCUUUUAGUAGCGGCUCAGCUUGCUUGGAACCUCGACAGAGGUGAUACCAAAAAAAGUAUCUGGUACUAUCCACAACUUUUACCCAUGGAAAAUCAAAAAAGAACAGUUCCAAGCGAGUAGAGUCGAUUCAAGCUAUACCAUGCAGUGGAAAAGCAAUAUAAGUACAGCACAAAAUUAUUGAACUUAUAAGGCUUCAAAGAAUUAUUGUAAGAGCUAAUUCAGUUCACCGAUGACAGUUUAAAUGCUGCAUAAAUGCAAGAUCAGUGCUUUAAGGGGAACUUUCGCAGUGCCUACCAAACAGAGAUGAGAUGCAUUAUGUUAAUCAAUGUCUUUACAUGUAUAAACAGCAGUACUGAAGCAAAUAUGAAAGACGUAUAUGAUUUUCUUUGUUGGUUGACAUGACUUUUUUUAAACAGUAUCAAUAAAGGUUGACUUCCAAGCUUC